AUGAGCUCUAUUACGUAAUUAGAUUAGGAAUAUAGAAUGUUAUUUGAGCAAAUUAUGGGAAUGCUUGAUCAAUUAUCAUCAAUAAGUUUGGAAUUUGUAAGCUCCAAAUUAACAUUUCUAGAAAAAUACUCUUAAACUUUAAAAUCUUCUCAAAUAGAUGCUAGAUAACAUAGAAAUAAUUAAAUAAAAAAUUUGAUUGAAUAUGUUAAAAUGCAUCGUAAAUCUAAAGUUCGAUCAGUCAUUCAUUCUCCAUCAAAUAGGACAUUUCAUCAUGAUCAUCAUAACUCUUUAGAUAUGUAGGAUGUCUAAUAAAAAGAUAAUAUAUCUGUAAUACCAAACUCUAAUGCUGCACUUUAAAAAAGUUUAAGUGAUACUAAGCUUGUGCAUACAAAAACUAUUAAAAAUUUGCUAUAAAAAAUGGUAUCUAAAAAAAAUCAAUCACCAUAAAAAAAUUCUGCAGAUCCUUUAAUAAAAAUACUUGAAAAUGCUAUGUCUUUAUUAGAAACACAUUAAUAAUUCUAUUAAAAUGAUUAUGAUUAAUUAAAGAAAGAAUAUGAUGAAGUAUUAUAAAAUAAUCCAUAAAUUAUGGCUAAAGUAAGUUUGCAGAAUAAAUCAAGUAAAAUUAAAGAAAAUUUGAAUUCUCUAAUUGAAACAUAAAAAUCAUUCAAAUCUUAUUUGAAUUCUAUAAUGUGA